AUGAGCCAAAUUAACCCUGAUCGUCCACUUAUUGUCGGCCCCGAAGUACCAGCCAAACCGUAUCCCUGUGCAUUUUCGGGCACUGUCAUCAAGGGCUACGGGCGUGGGUCAAAGGAGCUCGGAAUCCCAACAGCCAAUCUGUCAGAAGAUGCUCUUGCUACAAUGUGCUCCGAGUUCGAGGCUGGUGUCUAUUACGGAUGGGUUCAGAUUGGAAAGAGUGACUCAAAAGUCUACCCCAUGGUAAUGAGUCUCGGCUGGAACCCUUAUUACAACAACGAAAAGCGCUCAGCUGAGGUACAUAUAAUUCACGAAUUUCCCGAAGAUUUUUAUGGUGUGUCUAUUCGAGUCAUUGUUCUGGGUUAUAUCCGUCCCGAGCAGAACUAUCCAUCGCUUGAUGCGCUGAUUCGGGAUAUUAAGACAGAUGUUGAAGUUGCAAAGCAUUCGUUGAAGCGUCCUGCUUAUGAUGCUUUCCAGAGCGAUGCUCUUUUCACCCAGUAA